CAAUGCAAAAGCUCUAACAGAAGCAAAGUGCCUCACCCUCACUGCCUUCUUCCUUGGACUGCAGUGCAAUAUACGACCGAGCUUCUUAAGUAUCUACGUUCUCACUGACUGGACGUUUCUGUUUCUUUUAUUCAGUUUCCAAAAGCCAAAGCAAAACAUUCCGUGGCCGUAAAGCAGAUCGAUAAAGUGAGAAGCACUCUCGCAAGGCUCAAAAGAAGGGGGAGAAACACAAGAAAGGUGGAUUACAAAAAAAAGAGUUUGACAUUUAUUUAAAAUAGGCACGGGGGGGUCUCUCCCCCACCCCUUUCAGAUGAGUAUGAGUUCGCAUUAGAGCCUCUCCGCAGCUGUGAAGAGUGGGAGCCCAGGCAGACAGAGAGCGCCUUUACACGGGAGAAGAAAAAAAAAAAACAGUUUAAAAGCUACAGGCAGUUUUCACGCAGGACAGCCAGAGAGCUCGAACUACACAAAGGAGGAUAUUGUGGGAGUUUCAGUUUGACUUGGGCCGAGCGGUUCUUUCUAUCGGAGGAUGCCGUGCGGGGAGGAUGACGGGUGUUUGAGGCACAUCGUUUUUAAUGCUUACAGCUGGAGGUGAGACGGAACAACUGUGCUGCUCCUUUGCCAGGAGGGGCUGCUUCCCCGCCGAGAGAAGGCAACGCAAACAGCUGAAGGAUUUGCAUUUGCCGCUGAAAGGACUGGGGACAGCUCUAUGCCUCCAGUGUUGUCAACGUUCAGAAAAUCAAAUCCCCCUCUCACAAUGGAUAGAUGCCUCUUGUUGUCAGAGAGAAGAAUUCUUUGAAGUAAGAAAGAUCUUUCUUUCAAAGAGAAGAAGCUGGUCCCCCCCGCCCUUGGAUUUCAGUUCAAACAACUUCUUUUUUAACACGUGUCUGCGUGCGAUUUUAUUCGGUUCCCCCAUUCAAAGGAAAGUGUUCCAAUCUACUGUAAUAUUAAACUCUUUAACUUCCUCAGAGCUGAAAUUUAAAACUGUCUUAAAGAGAAACCUUUUCACGGUUAUCUGAGCUAAACUGGAUUACAUCUUAGUGAGUGAUUUUUUCCUAAUACAUUUUUGCAAUUACUAGUAUGCAUUCUUUCCUAUACUGGAUUAUACUCCCAUCCAUAAAGGGUUUUCUUUCCUGCAAGUAUGUUUAGCCUUUAAAUGGAUUAUUCCGGACUUUGCAGUUUCAAAUGAGCCUAAUGGAAAACCGUCCACUGCCAAUCAUAAUGGUAAAUUAUAAAGGGGAGAAAAGUAAGUACACAACUGACCUUUUCUAUUUUUCCCAUGUUUUGAUGUAUUCCAUGUAACAGAAGCAGAAUUUUAAAACUAUUUACCUGUCUUACGAUACCCUUAAAAUUCUGUAUGUGAAGAUACAGAAAAGAGAAAGAAUCAUUUGCCUUGGAAAUUAAACACCAGCACUCCGAACACUGGGAAGCUCCCUGAAUCAGUGUUGCUGUACACAAUUAUUACAGACAGGCAUCCUCACGCAUGGCAAGCUACAGAUUGAGCGAUUGUCACACUAUUUUGCAUCUUUUUUCGCCGAUGCUUUGAGAGCAACAGUACCGAGGAGCUGCGAACUGUAGAGGAAAGUGGCAAAACAUGAGCCAAUUCAGAAAGACUAAUAUCUAACCAGCAGCUCUCAGCAGCUGAACAGCUCUGCCCAGGGAACUGAGCCUCCUCAUUCCUGCUUUCCCCUGGUAAGCAGAGCUGCUCAGAAGCUCAGAAUGGUACCACCCCCGCCUGCUAAUAAGCCACAUGUGUGCCUCUCUACGAUCAUCAUCAUGAGCAGCAUGGCUCUAAUGGAUGCUUAUCUCGUGGAACAAAACCAGGGGCCUCGCAAGAUUGGCAUCUGCAUCAUGGUGAUGGUGGGGGAUAUCUGCUUCUUGAUCAUUCUUCGCUAUGUAGCCGUGUGGGUGGGAGCAGAGGUCAGGACAGCCAAGAGGGGCUACGCCAUGAUCUUGUGGUUCCUGUACAUCUUUGUGCUGGAGAUCAAAGUGUACUUCAUCUACCAGAACUACAAGGCAGACAGAAAGAGCUUGGACACCAUCGCUCGGAAGGCCCUGACUUUGCUCCUCUCUAUUUGCAUUCCUGCCCUGUACAUCAUCUUGGUGGCGAUCGACCACAUGGAGUAUGUGCGCGCGUUUAAGAAGAAGGAGGAGAUCAGGAACCGACUGUUUUGGGUGGUGGUGGAUCUCCUGGACAUUUUGGAUAUACAAGCCAACUUGUGGGAACCUCAGAAAAAAGGGCUCCCCCUAUGGGCUGAGGGGCUAAUGUUCUUUUACUGCUAUAUAUUGUUACUGAUCCUUCCUUGUGUGUCAUUAAGUGAGAUAAGCAUGCAAGGAAUUAACAUUGUACCCCACAAGAUGAUGCUCUAUCCUAUCCUGAGCUUGGUCACCAUAAACAUCAUCACCAUCUUCAUCAGAGGGGGCAACAUGAUCUUUUAUCGGGAUGUUAGGGUUUCAGGGAUCUUAAUGGGGAAAAACGUUUUGGCCAUAAUCCUAAAGACCUGUAGCUUUGUGCAGUACAGGAAACAAUUGCAAAACGCCCCACCAGCUUUUGGAAUUGAACUCCAGAAGAAUUCAGUUCCUCACAAUCAGACUUUGCAAGCACCAUCUCCAGUGGUGAUUCAGAAUCAGACUCCCAUGCCUGAGGUAACUGGGUGUGAACACACAUGACAAAGGCUGGAUUGGAGCGAGCCGGAGAAUUGACUGUUGCAAUCCAGCAAAGGGUCAGAUUUCAUUUGGAGACAACACAGAAAUAGUUCUUUCAAGGGACAAUAGUUCCAGAGAAAAAUACAACAUUUUUAGAACUUGCUGGGAGAAAAAAAAAGAGAUAUAUACAGUUGUAUAUAUAUU